GACAGUAUUGACAUUGACAAUUGACAUUGAUUCCAAAAUGAAUACAACCGCAUAACCUCAAAAAUUGUAAAGGAAUAGCUGAAUUAUUUAUUUACUGAAGCAGGAUACAGUAUUUUGUUGUAAAGUGUGAAUAUUUCUGCAGGUAAUGAACUAAUACAUCGCAUAGUGACUAAUAAAUAGAAAGAAAAAGUGAGAACACGUGGAAGAUUGGCUGUUACUUUCUUUACAGCAGUUUUUAUAAAAUAAUUUAGAAAUUUAUCAAAGGAUAGAGUUGAAAUGGAGGACAGUGAAAGAAAUAAUAUACAAGAAGAAGCACGUGACAAUAAUGAGCAGGAGGACAAUCAUUUCCCCCAAUUUACAUUAUUUGACAUAAGGAUAGACUCAGGUCUGAAAGAUGACGAAGGGAAUGAAAUUCCAAGACCUUUUACUAAGAAUCAAAUGCGCAAAUGGUUAAAAAAAGUUAAAUGGGAAAAUCGCAAAGCGGAGAAACGUGCUAAAGAGAAAGCACGAGCCAAAGAAAGGCGGAGAGAGGCACGUGAAGCCAAUAUUGUUCUAGGUCCCAAUAGGAAGGCAUUGAAGAAAAUGAAAUUAGAGAGACCGAAGAAAAAUAUUUCAAUUGUAAUAGAUCUGGGUUUUGAUCAUUUAAUGAUGGAAAAAGAUAGAUUUAAAGUAAUAAAACAAAUUCUGCGCUGUUACUCAAUAAAUAGGAGAUCAGAAACACCAAUUCAGUUCCACAUAACAAGUUUUGGGGAACGGUCUAGAAGUGACAUGUCCAGACAUAAUGGAUAUGAACACUGGGAUAUAGACUUCCAUGAAGUGUCAUACCUUGAAGUGUUCCCAAAGGACAAAAUAGUGUAUUUAACAAGUGAAUCUGACAAUGUAAUUGAAGAAUUUGAGGAGAACACAGCUUACAUUAUUGGAGGCCUUGUAGAUCACAAUAAACAUAAGGGUCUCUGCCAUAAAAUAGCAGUAGAGCAAGGUAUUAGGCAUGGACAGCUACCACUGGAUAAAUACAUCAAUAUGAAAACUAGAAAAGUGCUGACAAUUGAUCAUGUUUUUGAGAUUGUCCUACGAGUAUGCGAAGGAGUGCCGUGGCAAGACGCACUACUGAAAGUUUUGCCUCUAAGAAAAGGUGCACAUAUUUGUGACAGUGUUAGUAAUUCCAGUUUAGACAUUUCAUGUACUAGUGAAGCUUCAAAUUAAUUCUUACUCAAAGUAUAAAUGAUGUUUGUAGCUUUUAUGAAUAAUUUAUGAUUAUGACUUUUAUAUGUUUACCUGUGUAAAGAAUAUUAAAUUUAUAUAUGUAACAUAUCUA